UUUUUUUUUUUUUUUUUUUUUUGUUAUGAUUUGGAGGGGAGACUGUAAAGGGAAAGGAAAUAGAAAAUUCUCACCUUCUUCUCUUAAUUAAACACAACGGAAGAAAAAAAAACAAGAAAUGGAUAUUCACAACAUUGACGAAUAUCUUGACCUGCAAGAUCAGAAUCAAAUGAAUUUACUUGCGACGGAGGAAUUAAGCAAGCAACCAGAAGAAGAGUCUGAAUGGCAUUCGGCCACGGCCGCAGCACUUGGCCUGUUAGAAACAGAUAACCCAUACCUGUAUAACGUGGAUAAUAAUACUAAUAAUAAUAAUAAUGAAUGGGUUUCCAAUCAAGAUUCUUUCAUCACACCUGACUCUUUAUUAAAGCAACCAACAACAGCGCCAGCAGCGGUGUCCAUAACACCCGUGCCUGUCGUGGAGGAAAAACGUGUGACGCGUUCAAGAAAUGCACCUUCGUCCGUCGUCGUGCCCAAAAAGAAAAAGAAGGCUGCCAGACAGAAAAAGUUGUACUGUAUCUGUCAACAGCCUUACAGUGGUAAACCCAUGGUUCAAUGUGACACCUGUGAAGAAUGGUUUCAUUGUACGUGUGUAGGCUUUGAUCCAGAUGAACAAGAGGAUGAGGAUAUUGAUUGGGUUUGUCAGAACUGUUUACAAGUAGCCACCAAACCAGAGCCUGUGAUUAAAUCUCCUACUCCCAAAGUUACCAUCACCAUUCCUUCCCCCUCUGCACGUCAAACAAGAGGAGCCAACCGAACCCAAUCCCAGUGUCUUUCUGAAGGCUGUCAUAACCGUACUCGUGCCGACUCUUACUGCAGUGAUGUAUGUGCUCGUAAAAAGCAUGAUGUGGUAAAGAAGCAGGAAAAGGAACCUGUAAAAGAAAAAGCUGCUGCUGUGGAAGGAGCUACUGUAGAAGAAGCUGAUGUAGAAGAAGCUGAUGUAGAAGAAGCUACUGUUGUAGAAGAGCAAGCCUUAAAAGAAGUAGCUGAUGUAAAAGAUGCCGUCGAAGAAAAGAAAAAAGGUACAAAAGAGGAUGCUGUGAAAGAAGUCAAGGAGAAAACAUCCUCUCCUGCUACCCCUCAACGUGUCACUCGUUUAUCUCGUAUGCGUACUGCUUCCAUGUCUGCAAGUGCUGAACCAGCAAAUGUUGUCAAACCAAAGAGACGUAGUAGUGCACCUGUGGUUGCCAAGAAGAAGGAAGUGGAGGUGGAUAAUAAGCCAGCUUUGGAUGGUGUGCAAGAAGAGGCAGAGGAAGAAGAAGAGGAGGAGGAGGAGGAAGAAGAUGAAGAGAUGGCGACACCUGAUACACCCAUGUCACCUAGUCAAAUGACGGAGCAAGAAAACCCAGUACGCCGUAAUGUGAUUAAGAAUAUGUCUGGUAUCUUGAAGAGAAUUUUGGACACGGCAAUUGAAGAGAACCCGCAAUUACUGGCAGAAGGAGAGACGAGUAGUAGUACAGCCGAAAGUUUAGCCAAACGUAUCGAGAACACCAUGUUAGAAGAAUUAGGUGAUGUGGGUAAGACACAAAACACUUGUGGAGAACGUUACAAGAGCAAAUUCAGAUCUCUUUUGUACAACCUCAAGGAUAAACAAAAUCAAGUAUUUCAGAUGCGUGUUAUUACAGGUGAUUUGGAUCCAAUGCAGUUAGUCAAGAUGUCCUCUGAGGAUAUGGCUAACCCCGAGUUAAAGAGUAUGUCUGAAGUGAUGCGUAAAGCAGGAUUGAAGAAUUCGGUGAUGAAGGUCGAUAAUACUCCCAUUAUUAAAAAGACACAUAAAGGAGAUAUUAUUAUGGUCCCUAAUAAGGAUAACGAUACCAAUCAAAACAUGUAUUCUGAACAGGUUGAACAUUUAAUGCGAGAUACGCCUACCAUCAAUCCUUUACAAGAAGAGACCAAACCUACUAUAUCCAGUUUUAGUCCAACCUCAAACGGUUCCAAACUAGAUCCAUUGGACGAUAUUUUAGCUCGUAUUGGAAUUCCUGCUCAUGAUGAUAAUAAUAAAAGAUCUCUCUCCUCAUCAGAUUCUGGUGUUAUGGAUUAUCCUAAAAAGAGAAGGGUCACAUUAGAUAUGGAGGAACUUUUAGGCGAAGAAGAAGAUACUCCCUUCACAGUCGAGGAAGUCGAAUUGGAAGUAGAUCAUCAACCGACUGAUUCUAUGGAUGCAGAACAAGAAGAAGAGCAAGUUCCAGCCAAAGAAAAACUCCCCUCUAUUUGGCAUGGACGAGUCAAUAUGCCAGCUGUUGCUGAAUUUGAAGCAUCCGCACGUCAGAUUGGCGGAAGAAUUCUGACGGAAGAAGAAUGGGCCGAAGUAUUAUCUCCCACCAUGUGGAUCGAAGGUCGUAUUCCCGCUGAACGUGUGACAGGCUAUGUCACUCAAAGCCAAUACUCCAACAGUCGAGAGAUUGUUCUUUUAGAGAUUGAACCAGAUUCAAGGACAGAAGAUGCCACUAACUCACAAACCUUAUUAAAAUAUCUGGAUUCACGACAACGUUAUGCCGUUGUGGGUCACAAUAAGACCAAAGUCAAAGACUUUUACCUCAUACCUUUAUAUAAAGUCCAACACAUCCCCGAUUGUCUUUAUGUCGUGCGUGUGGAAGAGACUGAAAGAGAAUGUGACUUAUUCUUGGGUGUCUUGGUACUGACAAAGCAGAUUCCUGUCGUUACUAAGCCGGCCAUUUAUUCUACGCCCAUGGCUACUCCCAUGUACUUGGCCCCUUCUCCACCACCCCCCAUCACAUCCCAAUUUGAAACACCAAGCCAACCUUCUUAUUACAAUUCUCAGGAACAGCCAAAGUAUGGAUAUGGUCAUGCUGCACAAACAACACAUUCACAGCCAGCUCGAUCAACACAGCCAGCACCACAAGAAAGCUUUGUUCAUCCAUCACGACAACAACAACAUAAUUAUGAAAGAGGUCAAGGCUAUUAUAAUAACCAGCGACAAAGAAAUCGUCCAGAUGCUUAUCGACCUUCUUAUUAGUCAUAAUAAAAAAAUAUUUUUUUUUUUCACGGAAAUUAUGUUUCGAAUAGUCUUGUCACACACUUAGUACACAGCCUUUUGUGACC